CAUUUUCAAGUGCAUAAAGUGCACAAGGGUGUCCACGAAGAAAAUGAGUGCUCUUACAAAAAGUUAUGCAAUUUUGUGAUUUAUAAUCAAAAUAAAUAUCGAACACAGAUUUUAAUUGUAAAUAACAACAUUUAUACACCUAACAAGUUUUUUGGCACUUGAAAUUUUGGAGCAGAUAGAAUAGUUUCACUCUGAGAAUCAUAUUGCACAGAAUAUAACCUAUACGUACUGUGUCAGGAAUUCUAUAUAUUAAACCAUUUGUUAUAAUAAGAGAUUUGUUUAAUAAAAAGUCUACUUAUAUGCAAAAACCAUGUCAAAACGUAAAUUUGAUGAUAUGGAAGGCACAUCUCUUCAACAACAACCACUUAAAAAUUCACUGGAUUCGGAUGAGGAGGACGAUGAGAUAAACGAAGAUGCCUAUAAUGUGAUGAAUGAAGAUGAAUUUGAAGGUACAGAAGAUGGACCCUCAGCACCAGAAACAAAUGUAGGAUUUACAGCGUUUAAUAUGAAAGAAGAAUUGGAAGAAGGUCACUUUGACAAAGAUGGUCAUUAUCUUUGGAAAAAAGAGAAGCAAAUAAGAGAUAAUUGGUUGGAUAACAUUGAUUGGGUACAAGUCAAACCUGGUUCUACAAGUAAAGAGAAUGCCAAAUCAAGUGAAGGCCAUGGAUUAGGAGAUAGUGAUAGUGACGAUGAAGGAGAUAUUAUGUUUGAUCCCAUUCCAUUGUAUAAACAGAUUUUCGAAUAUCUUAAACCUGGUGAAAGUGUUUCUAAAGCACUAUGCAGACUUGGUAAAGGAAAAAAGAAAUUAACCACAGCAGAAAGAUGGAAAAGAAAAAAAGAAGAACCAAAAAAAGAAGAACCUAAAGAAGAAGAUCCAAAUUCUGCUAACAUAAUAAAAUUAACAGAGCUAGCAAAUGAAUUACUAACACGUACUGGUAAUAUGGACAUAUAUCAAGAAACCUAUGAACACAUAAAAAAGAAGAUUGGACAAGGCGAUAAACAUGCACAUCCUUCGAAACAAGAAGCAGAAUUGGAUAUGUAUGCUGAUGAUUUUGAUGAAAAGGAAAAGGCGAAACUGGAUGAUACCGAUAGUGGUAAGGCAGCUGAAACAACCAGCGAAGACAAAACUGCGAGUUUAGAAGAAAGCGUAACAUGGGAUCUGAAAUGGUCACAGAAUGAAAAUGCAGAAGUACACGGACCUUAUAGUACUCAGCAAAUGCAAGCGUGGGCAAAAGAAGGAUAUUUUAAAGUGGGCGCCUGGGUCAGAAGAACUGGACAACAGAAUCAGUUUUAUAAUAGUGCUAGAGUAGAUUUUGAACUCUAUCUGUGACAUCUCUAUAGGACGCAAGGCGUGUGAAUAAAUAAAUAUGUAUAAAUAUUGUCAGAAUAUUUUGUCAAACAUCAAAACUUUAUAGAAAUAGCAUUCAUUUCUUGUGUAAAAUUUUGCAAAGUGAUAUAAAUAACGGAACACUUAUAUUUUAUUGCACAAUUAUAUAUAUAGAUGUAGAUGCACAAAUGCAUCUAAUAGGUGGCUCAAGUUGUAAGUAUUUUACGAAUCUUUUAAGGAAACUCUAUACCUCAGUUGUAAACAAAACAUUUUUCUAAUAAAAUUUUGUCAAAACUUA